CUUCAAUUGACCGUAAUCGAUCGCAAUCGCUUUUUCUUCUUCACAAAUUAUUCUCCAGCUCUCUACCAUUCAAAGGGUAUGACGCCCAACACUGCUGGUAUCGCUAAUGCCAGAGGAUACGAGUGACAAAAGUCGAAAGUUGAAUACCCCAACAAUUGGGGACCUUAUACAGUGGACCUCCAUUCUACCAGCUCAUGUCCAACUCGUCAACUUAACAGUCAAUCAAGAUCCCCUGGGAAGUCGCAUCAAUUACACAAUCUCCCAAGACCGGACUAGGGAAGCAUUGACUUUGGAAGCAGAAGGUCUAGCUGACCUGACAAAGCAGCCGCAAUUCAAGGACGAUAACGCAUCUGACAAAGGUCCGGACGAUCCACAUACUUUACGCCCGUUUUCCAUUGAAGAACCCAAACCUCAGGCUGCUUCUACCGCUAAAACUACCCCAUCAAAACAGCCAACAAAGACCACCGAAGAAUCCGACGACGGUUGGGAAGAAGGUUGGGAGAAGAAGCCAAAUUACGGCUUUGAUCGGUUGCCAGCCGUUCCUGAUCCGCCUCAGUGGGCCGACGACCCAGAUCCGAUCGGUCGUCUUUCAGGCUUUACUCCGCAACCACCACCCCCUCCUCGUUCUUCUACUUCACGUCCCAGGGCUCCUCCUCCUCCUGCUCCUCCUCGUCGUCCUACUCGUCCUGCUCCUCAACCUCCUCAACCUCCUCGUUCUUCUAGUUCACGUCCCGGGGCACCUCCUUCUCCUCCUCCUCGUCCCCCUUUGGGAGAGUUUAAUGAGAGGACUAGUAAGACAGAUCCUAUCUAUUAUUCACCUGCUUCCGAAAUCCGUCCCCGUCCAACCACCCUUGCUGCUCUUGGCUAUUCUCCCCGCCUGCCCGUCUCUCUACCACCACACCCUCCCUCUCGUGUCUUUGAAGCACCUAAAGAUACCCGUAACCCAGCUACUAGAAGUGUAUCUGUUACAUAUAAGAGAAUUACCCAGGGAGGUUAUUAUCCUCGAACAGGUAUGGAUUACAUAAGUGAGGGAUCAGAGGGUUCUAGUAGGGUCACCUAUACUAGGCCCAACAGAGAAAGGGAGAAAUCGCCCCAAAGAGUUAACCCUUUUACACGCCGCGUGGUGGAAAUAGAAUCCGGAUCAGAAAGAGGAAAGAAGACGGCUAGGAGUCUUUCCAGGUCUUCUACGGAAUCAAACCCGUCGGUGGCAGCGUCGAAGACGAGCGAUGAUCCGUGGGCCACUUGGGGCAGUACUUCCAAAAAGAAGAGCGACAAGUCAAGUCAGAAGUCCAAAAUUCCUGUGUCAUCUGGGAACGCUCCACAGAGGUCAUCUUCUCCAGAGAGUUGGACCCGGAAGCUUACCAGGAAGCCCAGAAGUCCCAGCCCACCUCGGCGCAGUGGCAUAAUCAAAGUUCCUGGUGGAUCCAGCGAUACAAUCAAUUGGAGGGCUCAGAUCUGCGAACUUUUGAAGACAGGCCCAGACACUGCUGAUGAUGCCUUGCUUGAAUCUCUGUUAAAGACCUUAAAGUCUUCGGCUGCCGUUGAGGAGCCUGCUUCAGUCACGAAGAAGCCGAAAAAGCCAAAAAUCAAAACUCCAUCCCCUGUUUCCCAGAUUCUGUUCAGAGUCAAAUGUCAUAGAACGGACAGACCUCUGGUGUAUUCCGAUUUCCCCGCCUUUGACGAAAACAACCAUGGUGAUAAAAAGCUGCAUUUGAAGGGCAAAUUGACAGUCUCCAAGAGCGAUCUCGAUAAUCUAGAUAAGGAGCGACAUGGAAAUCUCUCAUUCGUAGUUUAUAAGGACUUCGAAUGUUGUAAGAAAAUUUCGAAUGCAAAACCAGGACCACUUUCAAAGAAGGAAAAAUCCCAACAAUUCCAAGCUUCAGAACCAUUGGAUCUUUACACCACAGAAAGCAUCAGGCUUAUCUCCGAAGAGUUUUGUGAGGCUGUGGUUGCCAUCACAAAGACAACCGGAAGAAUUCCUGCCUGUUACCCUGAGUUCGAAACCUCUGCGAUAUUGAAUGCGCCUUACCCGUGGUAUUACAUUGAUCGUCGUGCAUGGAAGGAAAACGUCUCAACGCUGAAUAAGGCGCAGCAGAAGCAAGUCGACUUGUUUGUAGAUUAUGCAGACUAUAACAUCGGCGAAGAAUAUGAGAAAAUCGACGCUCUCCUUGAUAAAGGCUUGAUUACGACAUCGUACCUUGAUUGUUUGUUUGUAAGUUCAACAAGCCUUCCACUCCAAUAACGAACCGGAUAUGUACUUACGUCUGAACUUUAGGUCCCAAACGAGCUGGUGAUAGCGAAGCCAAUCAGCUCCUCAAGAGAAAGAGACAAUACAGAAUUCACCUUGGCUCA